UACAAAAGAAGAAAUUGAUGGAAAUGAAGAUGCUGGAAUAGCUCUUUGGAGAACUUUUAAUUACAUUGCAGAGGAAUCUGACACCUCUCAAGCCUUUACCUCGAUAAUUAAUAUGUACGAUGAAGUGAAAGAUGGAAAUGUUCUAACAGUAAAUCAUGUGAAAGGUGUUCUUAGAAGCGAAUACCCCCAUGCUGAUGUUCAGAGUAUACUAGGUGUUCAUUCUGAAUAUGAUGAAGGGAGGAAGGCAGGAGCAAGCUUUUAUAAAAAGACUGGCCUGGGUCCUUUGCCUCAAGUUCUGUUUAAUGGCGUGCCUUUUAACAGAGAAGAGAUGGAUGCUGCAGAGUUAGAGACAGUUAUUCUUCAGAGGAUUGUUGAUGCCACUGGAUUCUUCCAGAGGGCAGUGUUCAUGGGUUUGUUAAAUGAUCAUAUAAAUGCAGUGGAUUUUCUUAUGGAUCAGCACAAUGUAGUCUCCCGUAUAAACCCCACUAUUCUUGGAGCAGAAAGAAGAUACAUACAUUUCAGAUCCACAUCUGUUCCAUUUGAUGUGGAAGACUUCUCUACUUUCUCCUUUUUGGACUCACAAGAUAAAAGUGCUGUAAUUUCAGACAACAUGAAGUAUUUAACAAAAAAGGAUGAAGAUGCAUUAUAUGCUGUUACUAUGUGGAUUAUUGCCGAUUUCGAUAAACCAGCUGGGAGACGACUGCUUUCAAAUGCCUUGAAACACCUGAAAACAAGCAGUCAUACACGAGUUGGGAUUUUGAACAAUCCUUCAUCAAAAAUAAAGGAAGAUAACACAGCCAUUGCAAGAGGAAUUUUGACCACUUUUCUAAUCCAAAGCAACAGCAAUUUAAAAAGUUUCCUGAGUAAACUCAGUAAGGAAGAGACAGCAAAAUCCCUUGCUGCUGGAACUAAAAUAGCUAAAUUCAUCAUCCCA